UUUGGUGUUUCGUGUUGUCUCUUUGGUGAAAUAAAAUGUCUUUUGAGGCUUAAACCCAAACUCUUCGUUUGAACAAUGAAAAGUAGUCCCACGCGCAAAUAUGAGAAUUUCUCCAGCGACCAUCAAGCUAAAGAUACGGAUAAAUAUUCCUUAGACAGCCAAGACACGGCGAGUGUGCAUUCAAGUCCGGAAGAGGGUGGAGGGAGUCGACGUGGGGUGACCGGCGUGAGCGCAGGCGCCGGCGACAUGUGGAUCAGCGCCGUCGAGAGCUCCAUCCUCUCCUGGGAGGAGGUGGCUGAGCGUCUGAACGUCGACAUCCGUCGUGGGUUAUCAUGGCGCGAGGCCAACGAUCGCAUGAACUUCGUGGGCCCCAACGAGUUCCAGGUCAAGGAGCAGGAUCCGCUGUGGAAGAAAUACAUAGAACAGUUUCAGAACCCUCUCAUACUGCUACUUCUUGGAUCUGCCGUCGUCAGUAUUUGUAUGCGGCAAUUUGAUGACGCCAUUUCAAUAACGGUCGCCAUCAUCAUAGUGGUGACGGUAGCUUUCGUACAAGAGUACCGCUCUGAGAAGUCGCUUGAGGAGCUUAACAAACUGGUGCCGCCGUCGUGCAACUGUUUCCGAGAAGGCAAUUUAGAACAUUUCCUGGCAAGAAGUCUCGUACCCGGCGACAUAGUGCACCUGAACGUUGGUGAUCGUGUGCCUGCUGACCUUCGACUCUUCGAUGCUACCGACCUUGCUAUUGAUGAAUCUUCAUUCACGGGAGAGACGGAGCCGGCGGUUAAGAAUGUAAUGCCAACCAAAGCCACAGCAGGCAGAGUCAAUAAGGAUAACAUCGCGUUUAUGGGUACCUUGGUUCGAUGCGGGAAUGCUAAGGGUAUAGUAGUGAGCACUGGCGAGAGGUCUGAAUUUGGGGACAUAUUCCGCAUGAUGCAAGCCGAAGAGGCCCCCAAGACUCCACUCCAGAAGUCGAUGGACACCCUCGGGGCCCAGCUGUCUAUGUACUCGUUCUGCAUCAUCGGCUUCAUCAUGGUCACCGGCUGGUUGCAAGGGAAGGCUCUGCAGGAUAUGUUCACGAUUGGUGUCAGUCUUGCGGUUGCAGCAAUACCGGAAGGUCUACCUAUAGUGGUGACAGUGACCUUAGCUCUGGGUGUGAUGCGCAUGGCCAAACGGAACGCAAUUGUCAAGAAAUUGCCCACGGUGGAGACCCUGGGCUGCGUUAAUGUUAUAUGCAGCGAUAAAACCGGAACUCUGACGAAAAAUGAGAUGACAGUGACGACAAUAUCCACAUCUGGCGGACAUAUCGCGGAAGUUACGGGAACCGGUUACAACGCGUGUGGAGACGUACAGUUGCGUGCUUAUAAGGGACGGGACCUCGACGUGGCCAGGAUGGGUGUGCACAGCAUGUUAGAGGUGGCAGUGUUGUGUAACAACGCGGUCAUCCGCAAUGACACCUUGUAUGGACAGCCCACGGAGGGCGCGCUAGUAGCAUGCGCCAUGAAAAAUGGAAUGGAGGACGUGCGGGACCAGUACACCAGACUGCAUGAGAUACCGUUCAGUUCGGAAACGAAAAUGAUGGUAGUUAAAUGUGCACCGAAAUUCUCCACCGAUGGCAAGCCGAAGGAGGAAGUAUUUGUGAAGGGUGCCAUAGAGAAAGUGCUGCCUCUGUGCACAAGAUACAUCGAUAGCGCCGGCAACUACGCGCCCAUGAGCAAGGACAAGCAGAACGACUUCCUUAGUGAAGCUUACAACAUUGGGAGAAUGGGUCUGCGCACGAUCGCGAUGUGCCGCGGGGAGAGCCUGGAGGUGCUGACGUACACCGGCGUGUGCGGCGUGUGCGACCCCCCGCGGCCCACCGUGCGCGCCGCCGUCGCCACGCUGCGCCGCGCCGCCGUCGUCGUCAAGAUGGUCACCGGGGACGCGCGCCCCACCGCGCUCGCAGUCGCUCAAAUGGUUGGCCUGGAUGUAAAGCACUCUCAGUCACUCAGUGGGGAACAGUUGGAUUCUAUGACGGAUGAGGAACUCGACAGGAUUAUAGAUACAGUGAGUGUAUUCUACAGGGUGACCCCGAAACAUAAGCUUUCGAUUGUGAAAUCAUUACAGCGGCUCGGCAAUAUUGUAGGAAUGACAGGUGACGGUGUGAAUGACGGUGUGGCACUGAAGCGAGCCGAUAUCGGAAUUGCGAUGGGUCGCAAUGGUACUGACGUAUGCAAGGAGGCAGCUGAUAUGAUUCUCGUUGAUGAUGACUUCGCCACUAUUAUAGCCGCGAUUGAGGAGGGUAAAUGUAUAUUCUACAACAUCCGGAACUUCGUGCGCUUCCAACUGUCGACGUCCAUCGCGGCGUUGUCUCUCAUAGCGCUGGCAACACUCAUGGGUAUACCGAAUCCUCUCAACGCUAUGCAGAUACUGUGGAUCAACAUUAUUAUGGACGGUCCCCCGGCGCAGUCGCUGGGCGUGGAGCCGGUGGACCACGAGGUGGUGGCUCGCAGGCCGCGGGACACCACGCGGCGCAUCAUCUCGCGCUCUCUUCUCCUCAACGUACUCCUCUCCGCUGCCAUCAUCAUCGCUGGCACCCUCUGGGUCUUCAACAGAGAGAUGUCCGAUAAUAAGAUAACACCUCGUGACACGACUAUGACGUUCACUUGUUUCGUCCUGUUCGACAUGUUCAAUGCCCUCUCUUGCCGCUCGCAGACCAAAUCAGUAUUCCAAGUGGGACUGUUUUCUAACAAAAUGUUCUUGGUGGCUGUGACGCUGAGUCUGAUCGGUCAGAUGCUAGUGGUAUAUUUCCCACCAUUGCAACGGGUGUUCCAGACCGAAGCCCUAACUGGACAUGAUCUCAUAUUCCUAGUCUGCCUCACAUCUAGUGUAUUCAUUGUGAGCGAAGUUAAGAAAGUGAUCGAGCGGACGCUAAAAAAGCGCUCGUUCGGCAAGUUCUCGACGAAGGCCCACGACGCGAUGGAUUUCGUAUGACACGAGACCGAGAAGAAGGAGCAUUAAGCGAGUCGCGGAGCUCCUGUAACUGUGACAGCGAUGACUGUCACGGUGACAGCGGCCCCUGUCACAGUAAGAGCGCUCCCCGUGCCCCGGUACGACUGUGUUGCGUUUCGGAAUCGUCACGUCACAAGCGUGACGUAACGGAACGCGCGAACGAUGAUCGUGUGACAGAGGCGUGUGAUUUCUGUGACAACUGCCGUCGUGUGGACCAAUCGCAGGGACCGUUCUCAAUAUACGAUGGCAGAAUCGAUAUUCCUAUUCGUUUGUAAUGUUUGUUUCCGUUACGAAUGCCGCAGUAUUUUUGCGUUUAUUUUUUUAAUGGGUAUUUAUUUAUUUUUCUUAUGAUUUACAUGAUAUUAUUAAGUGGAAUAGUGAUUUGCAGUGGUUUAGUGAAUUUAUGUUUAGUUGUGAAUUUUUCGGGUCUAGUUCGUAUAUGUAGUUUGAAGUAUGUCAUGACAUUAGUUUAAGGACUAUGCAGACGAGGCGGGGAGUAGAGUAUUUUGACAGCUGUCAUUUUGGGGGCUUUUCCCCGGAGUUGAUGCUGAGGCAAAGGGGUUCGCCCCGAGGCUCCAACCUGCAUCCUCUUAAGGGGGUGCGGAUGAUUUAGUUCAUUCCGCUUAUAUUUUGUCAAAGUUAAAAAUGUACAAAA